UGACAGAGUGAUUUUAUCACAGAUCCAAACUGAUUUUAUUCAGAAUUGUAUAUUCAUAACUAGUUACUCUUCAUUGUGUCUUCUCAAAUAGUACAGCCUAAACCAGGCACGUCCAACAUAUGGCCUGCUGUCUGCUCAUCCUGUCCUGAGGCCAUCUUCUGACCCACUCUCAUCAUCAUGGCAGCUUUGCCUCACCAAGUGGCCUGGCCCAGCCCAGGGCAUGCACCCAUCACUGACUGCCAAUGGAACAUUGAUGCAAUACUGAUCUACUCCAGGCUGAAAUAAGGAGGUGGAAGGGUACACUGCAGUGCUAACUCAAGUUAUGGCAAAUAAGUUUAUGGAUUCUGACACAGUGGCUGAACACAGUCCUGUGAGCAGCAAAAACUGCGCAGCUGUGCUUUCUGUUUUGGAAAAGGAAUUUGAGAACAGAUUUCAAGACCGCCAAAAUAUCACCAAUUUUUUGUUUCAUUUGUGACUCCAUUUUCAGUUGACAUAGAUACAUUACUUGUGAACUUUGUUACUUACAUACGCUAACUAUAUAAUGUAUUUUAUAACUGUUGCUCUGAAAUUAAUGCCUCCUGUUUUAUGAUACUGUCCCAUGACGUCAGCAGAAGAUAUUGUAUGCAUGGCAGUGGGGGCUGAACCUUCCCACCAAUAUUCCACAUUGUUGCCGUGUGACAGAUGGCAGCAGAGGGGCAGUCGGACAAAAUGGCUUUGACAUGGAAGUUCAUACGAAGCAAAGGUGUGGCACUGAAUUUCUUCACAUGGAAAAAAUUGCACCCACUGACAUUCAUCAGUGUUUGCUCAGUGUUUAUGGAGACCAAACAGUGAGCACAGUAAGGCAGUGUGUGGUGCAUUUCAGCAGUGGUGACAGUGACAGUGGGUCACCUUCACCGAUGCAGAUUUUUUACGAGCACAGCAUGCAGGCUCUUGUUCAUCACUGGUUAAAAUGCACAGUUUGUGGUGGUGGCUAUGUUGAAAAACAUAGAGAGAAUUUGCUCCAUCAAAUAGAGUUACUGUGCUCUUUGUAUUGGUUGUAGUUUCCAUGGAAAUAACUAGGAAGCAUUACUUUCAGAGCAACCUUCAUAAAUGCAGCACAAAACAGUUCCUCUUCACUCCAUGUGGCCCAAGCACACCAACAGGCUGGACACUCAUGGUCUAUCAAGUCAGUGUCCAACUUUUUGUUUUACUUUGGCCGCAUGAAGUGAAGAGGAACCAUCUCAGGCCAUACACAAAAUAUUUAAUAUUAUGUUAAUGUAUAUGAGUAACAAAACUUCUUUUUAAAAAUUAAAACAUAAAAAAGAGGGCAGAGAACCAUUGAACUGGUGGGUUGGAUACGUAUGGUUUAGAGCUUGAAGUCCUUAAUGGGUGAACUUGUUCUGCCACAGCUUCAGGAUAUGAACCUCAGCUCUUUUCUCUGCUUCUCAGCUUUUUCCCCAUAUAAAAUGGUGGCAUUCUUUCUCUUCUGGCAGACUUGGCCAUGCAGUUUUUUCAUGUCUCAGAUUUCUGAUGGUGGAUUAUUACAAGUUAAUGGUAUUAAUUACACCAUAAAUGUUCAUCCAGAGGGUAAUAAUUAAUUAUCAAAGGGCUUGUUUUGUGCUAGGCUGAAAUAGAUCAUUAGGUAAUUUAUUAUGACUAGUAAAAUAUGUUAACUCAAUCAAUUUUUGCAGAUCUGUUUUACAAUUCAGUGUCAAUGGAAUGUAAUUUUCAAACCUGUACUUAAGUACAUUCAGCAAUAGGGCAGAUACAAACCCCGCAGCCAAAUGCUACAGUGAGAUUCCUCAGCACAGACACAUGGCUAAGAGCUUUUAGCUUUCCUUCAUGGAGAAUUACAUACAGACUGAAAUAUUUGGCUGGUGUGAUCUGCCUGGUUUGGUCUUUGCAUCUUAAUAGAAAUACAAGAAGUGCAUUCAGGAGCACCGUGAAAGCUGUCCACAGUCCCUCAUGGGGCUAAAGCUACAUCUCACCAAACUGUAAGUGUAAAUAGGCCAUGUGCUGGGCAGGAAAAAUCUGUGGCAUCAUGUUUGAAUUCACUUUUUUGGCUGCUUUGCCAUCCUCGAAGGAGGCAGUGAGUCCAACAAUGCAACUCAGUUUUCAAAAGGGAUAAAUGAAGCACUCCAGGGUAACAGUUAGUGCAACAGUAUUUCCUAAUGAGCAUAAUGACUUCCCUUAGAGACAAGAAAAAUAAGCUAUGCCAAAGAUCAGUCAGGUUUUCCUCUCUUUGUCCCACUCCUCUAUGAAUCAGAAAGACCCAUUUUCCAUCCUAAAACCAACGGUGCCCCUGCAGAGCUGGUACUCAAGCAGGGCAGAAGAACAACUUCAGUGACUCUUCUUCUGCCGUGCUGAAUGACUUGACAGAGCAACUGGCUCAAAUAAGAAAAUACUUGUGGCCUCUGUGGCUAUUUUUUCCCCAGUAGUUCUGGCCCUUAUAAGCAACCUAUGUAUUAGGUCCUCUAUGCUCAGCCUUAACUCUCUGGUUCCCUACAUCCAGCCUCCGUCAGUGCUGUGGGAUUUCCCCCUCCUUCACACAUUAAAGGCAGAUUUGGGCCUGGGUCCACAUGAAAUAUCUAACUCCUAGAUUUAAAAGGACUUACUACAUUAAUUAAUUUCAUUGUUUACUAGAAAUACAGGCUAUGAAAUAAACUAAUUAUGAUUCCAUAGACAUUAAAAAUUGCGUUUCUUUAUAAAGAGGUAAGAGGCCUCUGUUUUCAUCUGUUUUUGUAGACUUAGCUUUUUUCUUAACACAGAGGAGAGCAGCUAGUAGCAGUUACCUGGGUGGGAAGGAAAGAAGAGAAAUUUCAGAGGAAAAUAUGGGGGAAAGCUUUAGUCAGCUUGUCAGGACACCACUUGCAGCUUCCUAUGGACUUAGAAAAGACAGGCAGAGAAGGAGCAAAAGAAAUGCGAUAAAGACAUCUAUGAGCACCAAGGUCAGAGGAAGAGGAGCAUGAGAAGGCGAUCCAUGGCAGUGUGGAACAGACAUCCACACUGCAGAUAGAGCAGGUGGGCAUUCCCUGAAAUACGGUUUUGUUUAGCAUCAGUUCCACUGUUGGAGCCAUGCAGAAAGUCAAACAGCAGCUAAGUGCAAAAUACCCUUUAAGUAUCAUGUUCUAUGUGCCUUAAUGGUCAAAAUCAUGGUAUCUGUCUCAUGGUCUCUAACAUCAGCAGCCUCCCUGACUACUGUUUGAAUCUUUGUUAGGAGAUUUAGAAAAGGCACAAAUACUUUGGCAUUGGUUUAUAUGGAAGAUGUUCAAACACUACAAAGACUGUUCACAGUUAAAAAUCAAUAGGUUGCGAGGCAGACAAAGAUAACCUGGAGAGAUGUCUGGAUAAAGGAAUUCAUCCCAUGAAAGACCACCUGAAGGCAUAAUGGAUUUUCCACUGCAGUAAACUACUCAAGGUUUCCAUUGGCUACUGCUCACGAAUUUUUGAGGUUGCUCAACAUGCCUAUGAGCUUUACAAACAUCUGUAGGUAUUUGUUAAAGCCUUUGAGAUACUUCAGUUUCUACUCCAUAAAAAAUGCCAAUAUUUUGUUUUAUAUUCUUCACAAUAUAUGUAAGUUCGGCAAAUUUGCUACAGAAAUGAAAUUGAGAAAGCCUGUCUUAGAACCAUGCAAUGUUUCCUUUGGAUAGUACUGAAAAAACUGUAAGAAAAAACAUAAGAAAAAAAAGUUAACUGCUAACAAAUAUGUGACCAGAUAAAAUCAGUAGCGCUUAUUAAUAGAAAAGGCAAAACGAAACAUGACGCAAAGAUAAAAUCCAAAUGCAAUGGUCUCCUUUGUUUGGAUUGAACAUUUCCUCAAUAUCAGCAUGUUCUGACAAAACAUUUCAAUUUUGCCAAAGUUGCAUUUUCUCGCAGAAACGGACUUUGUAAAAAGCUUCUGACUAACUCAAGCAUCUGUAUUCCAAGUGAUUCCUUUGGUGUUCUGCGGUUUUCAUCCACCAUGGAGCAAACACUUAGCAAGCCUCAUUCAUUCAUCUGGUCCACCAUAAGGAAGCAGAGCUAUUUUAAGCUUGUUGUAAUGGCACAUGUGUUACUUAGUAGGGCUGUCCAGUCAUGAGAGUGUGGGCCAGGAAUCCCUUUGGACACCCACCCAUGAGAUGGCAGCACCCUGGGGAUACACCAGCCCUGCAUGCCCAGAGGGAGCUUGCACCAAGCUUGCCUCCUUCUGGAGACAUCUGUAACUUCAGCUUAUCCACAGCAAUGACUCAUGAAUAGAAAUUCAUAUUUCUGUUUCUUCCCUCAUAACAAUAUCUUUCUUUCUACAAUGAAAGUUGCUGUCUUACAGCUGAACACUAAAAGCCAAUAAACACAUCACAAAGGCAAUCGGCUGCCAGAGUUCAGAAAGGGUUAAGGCAGCAGUUGGAGAGGUUUGGGGUGACGUCGUGCUUCUGGACGCCUGAGAAGUCUCUUGAAGGUAGUUCCCCUCUGGUGAGGAUGGGAGCCAGCCGAGGUCUGAAAUCCGAGAUCUCUUGCAGCCUGGAGCUGGUGAGGUCCCAGUAAAAGCUGUUUGCCUGCUCUCCCUUCCUGAGCAGUCACACCGCUGCACCGGCCUGAGCAGUAUGGAGCGAGCCCCCUGGACACACAUAGGACUUACCCUCCUCCAGCUCCUGCUCAUCUCCUGCUUGCCGAGAGAGUACACAGUGAUCAAUGAGAACUGCCCUGGGGCAGAGUGGAACAUCAUGUGCCGGGAAUGCUGUGAGUACGACCAAAUCGAGUGCGUCUGUCCAGGACGGAAAGAAAAAGUGGGCUACACCAUUCCCUGCUGCAGGAACGAGGAGAACGAGUGCGAUUCCUGCUUAAUACACCCAGGCUGCACCAUUUUUGAGAACUGCAAGUCAUGCCGUAACGGCUCCUGGGGAGGAACACUCGAUGACUUCUACAUCAAAGGGAUCUACUGCGCAGAGUGCAGAGCUGGCUGGUAUGGAGGGGACUGCAUGAGGUGUGGACAGGUUUUUCGGGCUCCUAGAGGUCAGAUUUUGCUGGAGAGUUACCCACUGAACGCACGAUGCGAGUGGACUAUCCAUGUUCAAGCUGGAUUUAACAUUGAAUUAAGGUUUUCCAUGUUGAGCCUGGAGUUUGAUUACAUGUGCCAGUAUGAUUAUGUGGAGGUACGUGACGGGGACAAUUUGGACAGCCGAGUAAUUAAGAAAUUCUGUGGGAAUGAAAGGCCAGCUCCCAUUCGAAGCACUGGGUCUUCACUCCAUGUCCUUUUCCAGUCUGAUGGAUCCAAGAACUUUGAUGGAUUUCACGCUGUCUUUGAAGAAAUUACAGCUUGUUCUUCAUCUCCAUGUCUUCACGAUGGAACAUGCAUUCUUGACAAAAGUGGUACUUAUAAAUGUGCCUGUCUCGCUGGCUAUACUGGGAGUCGCUGUGAAAACUUGGAUUUUUUUGAAAUAUCUGAACUGUCAGUGGUGAUGUGUAGGACUCCAGGUGCUCCCGCUCAUGGUAUUGUGGAAGGAGAUGACUUUAAAUACGGGGCCCAGGUUUACUUCAAGUGCAACGCAGGUUACAGUUUAAAAGGCAGCCGUGUUGCCUACUGUCAGCUUGAUGGGAUUUGGUCAACACAUCAUCCCGAAUGUGUUCUAGAUGAGAAAAGCUGCUCAGAUCCUGGUGGCCCACUCAAUGGCUACAGAAGAGUAGUGGAAGACACUGGGCUCUUGAAUGGACGCUAUGCAAAAAUUGGCACAGUCAUUGCUUUCUUUUGUAACAACUCCUAUGUUCUCAGUGGGAACGAACAGAGGACCUGCCAAGACAAUGGAGAAUGGUCAGGGAAACAGCCAAUCUGUAUUAAAGCCUGCAGAGAGCCAAAAAUCUCUGACCUGGUGAGACAGAAAGUGCUGCCGAUGCAGGUUCAGUCAAGGGAAACACCUUUGCAUCAGCUUUACUCAUCUGCAUUCAGCAAGCAAAAGCUUGAAAUCUACCCAACCAAGAAGCCAGCACUGCCGUUCGGAGACCUGCCCCCAGGGUACCAGCAUCUGCACACUCAGCUUCAGUAUGAAUGCAUUUCUCCUUUCUACCGUCGCUUGGGUAGCAGCAGGAGGACUUGUCUGAAGACAGGAAAAUGGAGUGGAAGGGCCCCUGUGUGUAUUCCAAUCUGUGGAAAAGCAGAAAAUAUCACUCUUCAGAAGGCUGUAACCUCUACCAGGUGGCCAUGGCAAGCAGCAAUCUAUCGGACGGCCAACGGGGUGAAGGAGAACAGUCUCAAAAAAGGAGCUUGGAUCCUCAUCUGCAGCGGGGCUCUGGUGAAUGAGCGCACCGUAGUGGUGGCAGCUCACUGCGUCACUGACCUGGGCAAGACCAUCGUGCUCAAGACAGCAGAGCUCAAGGUGGUUCUGGGGAAAUUCUACAGAGAUGAUGACAGGGAUGAAAAGACCAUCCAGAACCUGAGGAUUUCUGCCAUCAUAGUGCACCCCAAUUACGACCCCAUAUUACUUGAUUCUGACAUAGCUGUCAUAAAACUUUUGGACAAAGCCAGAAUCAGCAGUCGUGUUCAACCCAUUUGCUUGGCAUCUUCUCAUGACUUGACUUCAUCCACAGAAGACUUAAAAAUAACAGUUACUGGCUGGAAGGUACUGGCUGAUAUUAAAGAUCCUGGAUACAAGAAUGACACAAUCCGCAUGGGAGCUGUUCAGAUGGUGGACUCACUGUUGUGUGAGCAACAGUAUGAGGAUAAUGGGAUACAGGUCAGCAUCACUGACAGCAUGUUCUGUGCUAAACAGGACCACACAGCCUUCUCGAAUAUCUGCCCUGCUGAGACUGGUGGGAUUGCAGCCAUAACUUUACCAGGAAAAGCAUCUCCUGAGCUAAGGUGGCACCUGAUGGGAUUAGUGAGUUGGGGUUAUGAUAAAACUUGCAGCCUAGAACUCUACAGUGGUUACACCAAAGUGAUUCCUUUCAAAGACUGGAUUGAAAAGAACCUGAAAUAAAAAGCUGUGUCUGGAAAUGGCAUUUUAUAAUUAACAUGAUAUUUCUCACAGUCUGUUCUGCUUUAGGCUUUUUAUCCCAGUGAUGAACCACGCCUGGGAUAAGGUUAAGGCAGACACCCUGGUAAUCACCCUGGAUCAGACGCUCCAUCAGGCUACUCUCAAUUCAUGGCUAAAUGUCGUAGUGCAUGGGAAGUUUUGCCAUUUUUCACCUGUCUCCCCUGGUGGGAGGGUGAUAUCCUGCUCCCGAGUCUGAUGUACAGAUACAGGACAGCAAAUUGUGAUUGAAAUUAAUCUGUAGUUUGGAGUCCCCUAGAGAAGUCACUGGCAAGCCUCUCCCAAAGGUCAGUCUGACUGCCAGGAGUAGGAGGCUGCAAAGAGUAGCCUGAAUUCAUUAUGUUGGAUGAGCUUGUUAAGGUAUGUGCUAUCUCUAUUGCCAUAGUACAAUGUAAUCUUUUUCCCUCCAAAGUACUUUACAUGUUUAAAUAAACCAUGGUUUGUUUGUUUUUUUAACAUA